AUGCCAAACCGAGAGCCACCGGCCUGUCUUAGCCGGCCAUGUUUAAACGGCGCCAACUGCACGGACCUGGCGAAUGGUGGCUACUUCUGCAGCUGCAAACCUUACUACACUGGAAAAAAUUGCGAAACUAACAUCUUCCACCCCUGUCGAAGUGGUCCAUGUGUGAAUGGCGGCAAAUGUAUCGAGCUUGGCAACUGCACCUCUCAGUUCAAAUGUGUCUGUCCGUUUGGAUUCACUGGAGCGCGCUGCGAAGUUGAAGUGAAAGAAUUUGUGCUGAACGUGACGGCCCGGGAGACAUUGAGCGCUCUCUACCUGGACAGCGUUCAAAUAUUCAACCUGAGCAACGUUGCUGACUGGAAGAAAGUUGCAACGGUAAGAACACCCAUCACCACUCGUCUCAUUGCCGUCAUGGCUGGCAAUAUUCACGAUAUGUGCGCCGGAAUCCUGCUGUCAGAAAGGAAUCAGUACAUUCUAAGCAGCAACAUCAACUGGAAGUGUUACAUUGAUGCCUCGCUUGGAUGGGCCAGCCUGACCUACAACGAUUCACAUUGGCCCACUGCCCACGUUGUCGCUAGUAAUGGGCCCGUUGUUGGCUGCCCCGAUUUAGAGGUUGUGAAGGACAUCCAUCCCGAUGCUAAAUGGAUUUGGACAACUCGUAACAUUCAGUUUGAUUUGGUGGUCUACUGCCGUGGCUACAUAGACAUAUGCAAAUCUAAACCAUGUCAGAACGGAGGGAUAUGCCACAGGAGUGGCAGCCAGUUGUGCGCCUGUCUGAAGGGGUUUACUGGAACAUUCUGCGAGAAAGUCGAGUACACGGAUUUAUCCGUAUUUGCCUACGAAAAGCUGGAAUCAGUUUACAUUGACGACGUUAAGAUGAAGACCAUUACGAACGGCGUGAACAAAUAUUCUCUCCACCCACUCGUUCGCCAGUUGAAGUUCAUGGUUAUCGAUGCUAAUCAGGUUUCUGAUACCAAGAAAUGUUACGGACUCGUCGGUUCGACGGGUGUGGGUCCCAUUGAUUUAAUCACUUACAAAUUAGAUUGGAAAAGUGAGUACAACACGGAAGCAGGCUGGCACCGGAACGACUUCAACGACACCAAAUGGGUUUUACCUGACGAACUUAAGAUGAAUAAUGAAUCCCGAUGUACGGAUUUGAAACCGAUUCCUGACAUCAGAAGCACUGCUCGCUGGAUCUGGCCUCCGAAAGCAUCUGACAGAUAUUUGGUCGCUUUUUUUAGGGCAACCACAAAUUUGUGCAAAAAACAGUUGAGCAUCUGUCAGAACCAGGGCACAUGCAGUCCUAGCAAGGGUCCGAUAUGCGUCUGCCCAUCAACAUUCACUGGACCGUACUGCGAGUACAAAAUUGGAGUUGAUGUUCCAGGUCCGGAAGCUUCAUGUCCAUCCAAUUUUUGA